AUGUUGCCCUGGGUCCUGCUCGCGUGGGCGGUGGCUUACUCCGCCGUAGCUGGAGCUUCUCGACUUACACCCUCAGUCCUGCCGUUGAUCGUUAGAAACCCCUAUCUCAGCACCUGGCUGGCCGAUGCGAGACACGAGCCGUGGUCGUCAUGGCCUAUCUUCUGGACCGGCCAGCAUAUGGGCAUGAGUCUCAUGGCUCACGUCCCCAGCACGGGGAAUACAUAUCCAUUGCUUGGAAGACCCCACGACUCCCUGGGAGAGAACAAUCCGAAGAAUGGAUAUAACGUAUCCUACGCACAGUUCCUGGGGUCAAAGUACGAUGCCUCGACCACGAACAUGACCUACCUGAUCCAGCCAGAGGGUAAGCAUCUGGCCGGUGAAUCGGUCAAGAUAACCAUAACCUUCCUCUCACCAAUCACUCCGACCUCGACCCUGCGUCAGGCUAUUCCGGCCGGUUACGUCACCGUUCGUGUGGAAGGGAACUUGAACGUCAACAUCUACAUGGACAUGAACGGUGAAUGGGUCACGGGUGACCGUGGAAGCUCCCUUGUCUGGCAGAUGGACAACAUCGUUGACACUGUAGAGGAGAAAGCUCUCUAUCAGUGGCAGGUCCGCAGGAAGUCAGAGCAGCUUUUCACCGAAAUCCAAGAUCGCUCGGAAUGGGGAAUGCUACACUUCCUUGCCCCUCAGGGUGUGAGAAAUGAUGAGCGUUUCCGUACCGUCAUGGACGAGGAGCCUGUCUUUGCUUACUCCAAGGCAUUCAACCUCAACGGAACCGAUGACAAGCCCAACACAGAAGUCAUCCAUGAUGAGGUGACCUUCACCAUUGCUCAUACCCAGGAUCCUGUCGUCCAGUUUGCCUCUGCUCGCGGACUGACCUUCAUGAAACCUCUCUGGGAAUCAUACUUCCCAGACGUGAGGAGUCUCCUUUAUUUCCACUACUUUGACUUUGACAAGGCCAGAACACUUGCCCACAGAUACUCAAACCAGCUUGCAAGGGAUGCACAGCUCUCUGCAGCUGAAGACUAUGUAGACAUCGUUGCCCUUACCGCCCGGCAGGUUCUCGGUGCCACCUCCUUCUCCGGCACCUCGGAUAACCCUCUUCUAUUCCUCAAGGAGAUUUCUUCCAAUGGAAACUGCCAGACUGUGGAUGUCAUAUUCCCUUCAUUCCCCUUCUUCCUCUACACCAACCCUAGAUGGCUAGCCUAUCUCCUAGAACCACUGAUUGAGCAUAUGCUAAGUGGUCAAUAUCCGAACAAUUACUCCAUGCACGAUCUAGGUGCACACUUCCCUAACAUGACUGGGCAUCCUGAUGGUAAAGAUGAGUACAUGCCCGUUGAAGAAUGCGGUAACAUGCUCAUCAUGGGCCUCUCUGUCGUGAAUUCCCUCAGAUUCCCACCAGAGAUGAACACCACAGCACCCUGGUACCCCGGCUCUCUCGGAUCCCAGGCUGUUGAACCAGAUGCUGGACUGUUCCCUCUCCGCGAUCUCCAGACCGUUGGUGGCAUUGACAAGCUUGACGGCGUUUGGGGGAUCAGCCCUGAGGCCUCUAACCUGGCACGAAAAUGGGUCGAGAAGUCGUAUAGAUUAUGGAGGCAGUGGACCGGUUACCUUGUGGAGUUUUCUCUCGAACCACAUAACCAACUUUCAACUGAUGACUUUGCCGGAUGGCUUGCCCUUCAAACAAACCUCGCAUUGAAAGGCAUAGUUGGCAUCAAUGCAAUGAGUGAAAUGUCAAACUUCGUCGGAAACACCGAGGACUAUAAGUACUUCAAGAACAUCUCUGAUACUUAUAUCACAAAAUGGGAAGGCUUUGGAUUCUCUAGAGAUGGUACCCAUGCCAAGCUUUCAUAUGACUGGUAUGGCUCCUGGACCACUCUCUAUAAUAUGUUUGCGGACGCUCUUCUCUGCUUCCAUCUUGACGGAACAGAGUACGAUACCCACCCCCGUAAGCUUGAUAACCAGGAACCAAUUACUCCUCCACCGGACAAAGUUGGCUUCAUCCCAAGGCGUGUCUACGAGAAACAGUCAAAGUGGUAUGCCAAUGUACGUCAGAAGUACGGGCUUCCCCUUGACAGCCGUCAUCUCUACACAAAGUCCGACUGGGAGUUCUUUGCCAUGGCCGUCUCCAGUCCGUCUGUGCGAGGCGAGAUCCUUCAAUCAGUCGCUAAAUGGGUUAAUGAAACCUCUACCGAUCACCCGCUCACCGAUCUCUAUAAUACAGAAGGAGACGGUGGCUACCCAGGGCCAAAUUUCUUUGCUCGACCUGUUGUUGGUGGACAUUUUGCCUUCCUUGCUCUAGAGAAGGCUUGUAAUGGCAAAGCAACCGAAGGGCUUAAGUUCCUGGAAGGCAAGGGUAAAAACUCUCCUGAUGAGGGUGACUGGGGUGACAACGAUCCCCACGACGGAGGCUCCCAAUCACCCAUUCAAGACUCAGACGGCUCAAAAGUGAAAGUUGGAGAUGAAGAUCAGCUUCCCAUUCUGGGUAUGGAUGGCUCGCAAAUGACGAUAGUCAGUGACGACGAAGAUUGA